GCUUGAUUGACUGAAGGCCUUUUCAUCUCUAUCUGUUUCUUUAUUUUUGGUUCUUGUUUUUACGGUUUCCCAUUGCUUCGAAUGUGGGGAUUUUGAGAUGGGACGGCCGCCGUGUUGCGAUAAGUUGAAUGUGAAGAGGGGUCUUUGGACUGCACAGGAAGAUGCAAAGCUACUUGUUUACAUGUCUACCCAUGGAACUGGUAACUGGACAUCUGUACCCAAGAAAGCAGGACUAAAGAGAUGUGGGAAGAGCUGUAGAUUGAGGUGGACUAAUUACUUGAGGCCUGAUCUGAAGCAUGAGAGCUUUACACCAGAGGAAGAACAGCUGAUUGUCAACCUUCAUGCUGCCAUUGGAAGCAGGUGGUCGAUAAUAGCGGCUCAGUUGCCCGGUCGAACCGACAACGACGUCAAGAACUACUGGAACACCAAGCUACGGAAGAAGCUCUGCGAAAUGGGAAUCGAUCACGUCACCCACAAGCCCAUCUCUCAGAUCCUUGCGGACUACGGAAAGAUCGGCCUCCCUAAAGGCUGCACUGGCAGCAGCAACAACAAAUAUACUCAUGCUGGAUACCAGAACUCAAACGCUGCUCGGAUCAGCUGCCUCAAUCGAGACCUGAGGAGUGCUUUCAUGUCUAAAUCGGGCCCAUCUCAAGCCACACAAAAUGGAAUCUCGAAUUUCACAAUGACAACUGAGCCGACCCAAGAUGGGUUUUCGAGCAAUAAACCUACGUGGGACCUUCUAGUCCAGCUUCAAGCCAUCCAACGAUUCGCAGAAGCCUCGAGUCGCGCUGGCCAGCAAACCAUCCAAGCUCAUUUCUUCAAUGAAAGCUCUUCUUCUUCUACGAACUUCACCAAUCAUCAAGGCCACAUCCAACCACCCUUUCAAUCCCAACCAUUCCAAUCCCAAAACACCUCAUCAUCGUCGUCGUCGUCUUCUUCUUCCUUCAGUUGGAGUGAUUUCCUCGCCGAAGACGUGUUCCUUCCUCCCAGUCAAGAAGAAGACUUCAACGCGCUUUCGUCGACGGAAUCUUCCUCUCAUGAUGUAUUCUCCCCAAAUCCGCAAUUUGAAUAUGUGGGCCCGGAGAAUGAGAAGUGCAAUGUAGUCAAGCAGAUCAAGGAUGGAGUAUUGGAGAAUGGUUAUGGUAAAACAGGAGAUGAAGUAGGCCACAUGUUGGGAGCUCCUUCAGAUGAUUCAUUUGUAGAGGCGAUCUUGGAUCGCGACAGAGAAAUGUUGUGGGAGUUUCCGGAUCUUCUCGACUAUCCAUAG